CAUUCCAUUAGUAGCGCACUCGCACUGCAGGAGGCAGUGUUGUUUAAUGCAGAAACAAAAACUCAGAGAAGGCAAGCGCAGCGCAUCCCAGCUGUUCUGCUCGUUCAAGUGGAUGUGUUGGAACAAAUGGUUGUAUAUGUUUUAGGCCAAAUUAAAAUGGCCCAACAACCCACAAGUAGUGCCCUUCGUGCUCUAGCUUUGGAAUAUAAGAGUUUGCAAGAGGAACCAGUAGAAGGAUUUCGUGUGAAACUUGUUAAUGAAGACACUUUAUUUGAGUGGGAAGUUGCUAUUUUUGGACCACCAGAUACCUUGUACCAAGGUGGAUAUUUCAAGGCUCACAUGAAGUUUCCUCCAGACUACCCGUACUCUCCACCCAGCAUACGGUUCCUCACCAAAGUCUGGCAUCCCAAUGUGUAUGAGAAUGGUGAUCUGUGUAUUUCGAUUCUGCAUCCACCAGUUGACGACCCUCAGAGUGGAGAGCUGCCCUGCGAAAGGUGGAAUCCUACACAGAAUGUCAGAACAAUUCUGCUCUCUGUGAUCUCAUUAUUAAAUGAGCCCAACACAUUCAGUCCUGCAAACGUUGAUGCAUCAGUAAUGUAUAGACGUUGGAGGGACUCAAAAGGAAAAGAUAAAGAGUAUGAAAAUAUAAUAAGGAAACAAGUGUCUGCAGCAAGGCUGGAGGCAGAGAAAGAUGGAGUAGUGGUGCCGCUUACACUGGAAGAUUACUGUAUCAAGACUAAGGUGAAGCCCCCAGAACACUCAGUGGACAUGACAGACUUCUAUGAUGAUGAUUAUGACUUGGAUGAUGAAGAUGAGGAAGACAAUGACUCGGGUGAUGGAGAUUAUGAAGAUGGAGAUGACAGUGGCAAUGGGGAGUCAUGAUAGCUGUAACUCCCAUACAGCAGAGACAGUGUUGCACAAUUUAUAUUUCAUCCGGUGAAAGACAUUGAUCAGCAUAUGUACCUUUGUCAUUAGUUGUGUGUGAAUGAGUGAAGUUAUGGGGAAUAGAGUAUUACGAUGGCUGUCUUCGGGGUUGUUCCAUCCUGUAGUCUGGUAGAUGUUUACUGAAGUUUCAGAGGUCCUUGCUGCCUCCAUCAUCAGUGCGGUCUACCAGACUACACGGUGCAACAACCCAGAAGACAGCCAUCUUCAGACUCACCUCCGUGAAAAUCUCAAAUCCUACAGAGUAGAGUAUUGCUCUCGCUUUUCUAUACUGGGUGUGAAAACAGGGAAGAAGCCUGUGGGGACACAAGUUAAAUUCUGCAGUAAAUGUUGUCACAAUGGUACAAGAGCUUGUAAAGCCCUGUUACAAAGUAAUUUACAGAUUACAAUUCUCCUCAAAUUACAGUGUGGAAAUGUAAUGUAAAAUUUUUUAAUAAAUAUGAAUACUGUGUUUAGUUGUUCAGUAGGUAGUGUAGCUUUGCACUGUCUCUCUGAGACAUCCCUUUGUGGUAAUCAUGUGAAAGUAACACAAAACAUGGAACCCCUCUCCAUUUAUUUUAUUUAAUGUUAUUUGUUAUUUUAUAACGUAAAUAAUAAAGGUAAAAAUCCCCCAUAAUUACUUCUGUGUAUGUGACUUUAAUGUUUAUAUGGCUAAGUCAUGUUAUACAUGCAGAACCUUGUAUAGUUUUCAGAGUUAUUUGGUGCCACAUGGCUUGGAUCAUGAAGUGUGCUGUUUCUUACAAUAGCCUGUCUGCCAUUUAGCUGCAAGUCCAUUCUCCAGUUCUUUGUAUUCCAUACAUGAACUGUAACUAUAGAUUUGUGUUUACUUCUUAAUGAAUCUUUGAAGAAUAAAUAGCAAAAAUGAAA